AUGGGCGUUCAACAUCAAGAUCAGGCUGUGCUGAAAGCCCCCCCGUCUGCGAGCCAGAAGCGCGAUCUGUUUGCUUGCCAGCAGAACGACGGACAUCUAACCCAGCACCAUGCGGACAUUGACUACGGUGACAUAUCAAUGUCCUCCUCAUGCUUCAGACUUGUCCCAGAGAAUCUGGGACAGCGCCUCGGGGAAAGAGACGAACUAUCGAUUACACCGCACUACAUCCCGCCGAGCACCCCAACCGAUGUAGAAAUCGAGUCCCCUAUAACUUCACUCUUUGAACAAGCGCAAGAUACUCUAGAUCAAUUUCAAGGGUGCAUUGACUACCAUAGUGCGAAACGGUGCGAAGCGCGAUUACAUGAUCCGAUGGUACGACGGUCCUCCACGAGCCUGUUCGAAAUGCCAAUACCGCCAAGGGACUUGAUUUACUGCGAAGACGUAGCCACCGCCCCCUCCACUCCGCAAUUUAUCGAUCAGAACGGCUAUAGACAGACACGAGAUGGCAAUGGAAUUUAUGAAAAUCCCAUUAGCAAUCAGCCCGCCAUAGAAUUCGGUCGAGUCAUCUGGUGGGCCUCAACUGAUCUCCAACCUACAGCACGGUACUUCCCUGCCGACUCUGGCAUGGACUCAGCUGCCUGGAUGUAUUAUCAAACAUCUACUCUGGCACAUCCUCUGAUACCCAGCGUAUAUACACUUCCAUCUUCCACGCCGUCUCCCAGGACUAUCGACUUGCCUCCAGGCUCUCCAUCCCCUGCCAGUGGACAGACCGGUCACAGCAUUUCUUCGAAUGACGAUGGGCUGGGGGAAAGCCAGUGCCGUCCAUCUUCUCAGAAGAGGAGGAAAUCCAGCACCGAGACCGUCGCUCACAAUGACCAACCACAGAGCAACACAGUUUCACAGAAACGCGAGAGCAACGUCCCAGACCCGCGGCCGCCAUUUCGCGGCCGCGAUCGUCACCGGCGAGCUUCGGCCCGCAACUGGCAGAAGCAGAAGCAGCAGAGCGCCGACCUCGAGUCAGCAAAAGACACCGCCGAGGCGCUCAAUAGCCAACUACACCGCGAGCAUGCGCGAGUUUCGAGCCAAGUCAUGGACCUCAAGAACGCUCUCAUGGACCACGCCAUGUGCAAUCACCCCGCGAUCAACGGGUGGCUGCGCUGCCAGGCGGCGAAUUAUGUUUUCAACAGUGGCGGAGGAGUCGAUGUGGGAUGGGAAAGCGAGGAAGAAUCCGGUGCGGGCGAGAUACCAGUGACGGCUUGCACUGCUGGCUGGGCUAGUACUACUUGCAUUUGA